CCCUGGGCUGGACCUUGUCCCCUGGGAGUGAUCAAGGCCAUGGGAGACCUGUUUAUGCUCAGGGUAGCUGUGGGCAUAUGCUAUGCCACCUUCAGUGCCUCUGCCUGGUCAGUGAACAAUUUCCUGAUAACAGGUCCCAAGGCCUACCUGACCUACACAACCAGCGUGGCCCUGGGUGCCCAGAGUGGCAUUGAGGAGUGUAAGUUCCAAUUUGCUUGGGAACGCUGGAACUGCCCGGAAAAUGCUCUCCAGCUCUCCACUCACAACAGGCUGAGAAGUGCCACCAGGGAGACUUCUUUCAUUCAUGCCAUCAGCUCUGCAGGAGUCAUGUAUACCAUCACCAAGAACUGUAGCAUGGGCGAUUUUGAAAACUGUGGCUGCGAUGAGUCAAAAAAUGGAAAAACGGGAGGUCAUGGCUGGAUCUGGGGAGGCUGCAGCGACAAUGUGGAAUUUGGGGAAAGGAUCUCCAAACUCUUUGUGGACAGCUUGGAAAAGGGAAAGGACGCUAGAGCCCUGAUGAAUCUUCAUAACAACAGGGCAGGCAGACUGGCGGUGCGAGCCAUCAUGAGAAGGACCUGCAAAUGUCAUGGCAUCUCCGGGAGCUGCAGCAUCCAGACCUGCUGGCUGCAGCUGGCUGACUUCCGGGAGAUGGGGGACUACCUGAAGGCCAAGUAUGACCGGGCCCUGAAAAUUGAGAUGGAUAAGCGGCAGCUGAGGGCUGGCAACAGCGCUGAGGGCCGCUGGGCACCCGCUGAGGCCUUCCUUCCCAGUGCAGAGGCAGAGCUGAUCUUUCUAGAGGAGUCUCCAGAUUACUGCACCCGCAAUUCCAGCCUGGGCGUCUCUGGCACAGAAGGUCGGGAGUGUCUGCAGAACGGCCGCAACGCAUCCCGGUGGGAGCAGCGCAGCUGUGGACGCUUGUGUACCGAGUGCGGCCUGCAGGUGGAAGAGAGAAGAACUGAGGCCAUAAGCAGCUGCAACUGCAAAUUCCAGUGGUGCUGUACAGUCAGGUGUGACCAGUGCAGGCGUGUGGUGAAUAGGUACUACUGCUCCAGCUCCCCGGGCCGCGCGUGGUCCGGACGCAAGGCCAGCGCCUGACAGCGCCCACACAGAUUCCCUCGCUCGGUGGCAUGUUGCUUUCUCAGAGAGAGUGAAUUCGAGAACAACUGGAAAAUCACAGGGUUGGUCUGUAGUGCCCUUCAUACCUGCAAUUCCAGGGAAAUGGAGGCCCAGGUAUAACCUGCCCAGCGCAUUCUGGGCAGAGUUGAGUUUGGAGCCUCGCCUUCUAUUGUGGGCAGACCCCAUCUCCUCCCUCCUGCAAGUUAUUUCCCGGUCUUUGCACCUGUCCUUCUGCAGCUUGCUAGAGGGGAGUUUGGUUUGGGGGGAUCUUAUCCAGAGGGACCCUCAAAGUACUUGUCACUGUAAGUUUCAGAGGGAAUGGAAGCAAAAAACUAUGAGUUCUGUCUGGACUUCUGAAAGAGCAACCUGAUGCUGGCUAGCUGCAGAAAGACCAGCUACAUGUUCACACAGAUAAGUGGGGCAGAGACCAUAGACAUCCCUAGUGGAAGGUUUUUUAGGGUAUUGGGUUUUUCAUCUGAGUAUGCACUUUUUAAAAGUUCUCGGGGUGCCUGACUGGCUCAGUUGGUAGAGCAUGUGACUCUUGUUCUUGGGGUUGUGAGUUCAAGCCCCACAUUGGGCACACAGCUUACUUAAAAAAAAAAAAAAUCUCCCCACAAAACUCUGGGGAAACCAGGGCCCAACAUAAGCUGAGGAUUUUCCCAGACAGAAACCGCCUUCGUAACCAUGGAAAAAGAAUGGUCAUAGUAAGUGGGCAGAUGAUCCCAGCGGAUCUAGACUUAUCUAGAUAAGUCCCUCCACCACCCUGCCCAAAGACUGGAUUUUUUCCCCAAAGAGCUGUCAAAUGACUCUGUUUUGUUAUUUUCCCAGAUUGGGAACUCAACUUCAUUUUGCAAUAAAUGCUAGGAUAUAUAUCCAUCCA